AUGGGUAGGUGUCUUUUGCUUAUUCAGUCCGCGUGUUUCCGAGCGGGUUCUUGUGCCAGCCCCGCGCGCGCGCGCGGCGGCGCCCGCCUGGCGCAACGCCGCUGGCUUCGCCCCGGCGCUGCGGCCUGCUUGACCUGGAGGCACCGCCCGCCCGGCGCUGCCAGAUGGCCACGCCGCGUGCCGCGAGGUGAGCAGGCCUUCUCCAGCGGCGCCGCUGGCGGCAUGAGCACGCGCACGGAGGGCGAGGCAACUCUCCGACACCCGCUACUGGAGAAGAACGAUUUCGAGAGGCUUCGCCGAAAUGACGUUCUUGAGCUGCGACCUCAUAUUCUUCAUUUCGGUGGAUUCAGCAUACACGAGGAGCACUCGCAGGUCCUCAGGAUCCUCAACGUGUCGGCUUCCUCCACGAACAUGAAGAUCAUCGGCCCGGCCACGCAGUGGUUCAAGAUCACGUACGAGAAGAAGGGCUUGCUGGCCCCAGGCAUGAGCGAGGACGUGACCGUGACGUUCACGCCGCACGAGUGGCGGUACUACUACGACACCGUGAAGAUCUUCUGUGGCGACCAGGCCGACAACCUGAUCGUGCCUAUCCACGCGUACCCGGCGGCGAACGACGUCACGCUACCGCGCAUCAUCGACUUCGGCCGCGUACCGAUAGGCGCGACCCGGACAAGAACAUUACCUCUCACUUGCAAGAUACCGAUCAUGUUCGAGUACGAGUUCACUCUCAUUGAGGAGCACCCCGACAUCCAGGUGACGCCGCUGUCGGGGACCAUCCCGGCGGACGGCACCGUGAACGUCGUGGUGACGUUCGCGCCGACGAGGCACAGGACCGCGCGCGCGGAGCUCCAGUUCGUGGUCUCGCAGUUCGACUUCGAGCCGGUGCCUCUCACGGUCUGCGGCUCCUGCCCCCCCGACCUCUCGCGCGACGCCGUGAUCACGGCAGCCCGGCCAGCGAUCGAGGCCGCGCUGGCUGAAGCCACGGCUCUGCCGGAGAAGCAUCGACCGACGGAGAAGCGGCCUGCCAGGAAAGACACAGCGAAGACGAAGCCGCCGACCUACAGAUUCGAGGUGGCGGAGCGCGACAUCAACGGGGUGAAGGUACCAGUGGCGCCAAUGACCCAGGCCAAUACCAACUUCGUGCUCAGCCAGACCGUCGGCAAGAUUCCGAUGAAGGACCUGCCCCUCUUCAUCAAGAGCCAGCGCGAGGCGGUGGAGUCCAGGCAGCGCCGCGCGGAGGAGCGGCACGCCGCUGGGAAGGAGGGCGACGACGCCUCCGAGGACGGCGAGGAGGACCGGCAGGCCUUGGAGCUCCAGUUUGAGCUGGCCUAUCGAGAGGUCGAGAAGAAGGACAAAGAGAGGGAGCUUAAGAGCAUGGCGGCGGCACGGGGCGAGGAGGAGCUCACGCAGGAGGACGCGGAGAGGGAGCGGGCGGCCCGGAGGAAGAGGGAAGAGAAGCUCAAGCAGAACCGCCUCCAGCGGGACGUCACCCGUGCGGACACGGUCCUCAGCAAACUCGUGGUUGCAGUUCCUGAAGGUCUUCGUAUUGAGCAGGCGCCGCGCUGGGACGAGGGCGAGAACGACACCGAGCUGCUGCGCCAGCAGGUGACGGACCGCUUCGUGCGCGCGGGCUCCAGGUGCAUCGCGCGCAUCCGCGCCAGGCGGCGCUGCCACCUGUUACGGGAGGCGAUGCGGGCUGCCGGCGCGGUGGACCGGGGAAGCUGCCGUGCCUGGGUGGAGGCGGAGAGCAAAAGCGCAGCUGCUGGUGCCGGCAAGGGCCAGGACUCUGCAGGCGGGAAGGCGGCGACGGCCCUCGACACGACCGCCGCAGGCGCCGUGGGCGAGCCCGUGGAGCAGGAGAAGCCCGGGGAGCCGCUCGACAUCGUGCACAUACCGUCCAGCGGCUUCGUGCUCCCGGUGCAGCUGCCCACGCCGCGGCAGAGGAUCUCCCUGACCCUGAUCAGGAUGAAGACGCCGAGGUCACAGACCAUUGAGAACUCAUUGUGGAAUAACGGCUUCAAGCUGACCGUUCAUGAUCACCACAAUUUGCCACGACAGCAGUACUCCGCGUCCGGCGAGAUGAAGGGAUACUGGGCGCACCGCGACCUCAUCUUCUGGAAGCAACCCAGAGAGGGAAGCAGUCGCGUGUGGCACUUUGUGUUCUUGAAUGAGUAUAACCACUACCUCUCGAGGGACGAGGGCAAGGGGUGCGCCAAGAACAAGGGCAAUGCCAAGAACAUCCGGCCAGCUCCAUACGCUGGCACUGGCAAGGGAGGCAAAUCAGCUGCGCCUCAUUGGACAGCUGGACAGAAGGGAGGGGGCGUUGUUCUUGAGUUCCCCCCCUGGUAG